UCAGUGCACACAUUUUCUCUUAAGUUAUUACUCAUAUUCAUCAAACACCUUAUAAGAUGUCAUAGGUCUAUACAUUUUAUUGUGUACUAUACAGAGUACUUUUGCACUGCUCUUUUUCUAUAUAUUUGUUUCAAUUAGUUUCUCUGUUGUAUUAUUCUGUAUUUUUAUAACCACCAUAAAUUUCAUGUUUGGUUCUAUGUCUAUGCUAAUUAUGUUCUUGUGCUGCCAGAACACCAAAGUACCUCUAAAUACUACCCUAACUCUUGAUAUCUACAGUAUCAUCCAAGUCAAAUUAUUAAGUGAUCAAUGAGGGGAAAAAAAACACACCAAGUCACAACAUGAUCAAAUGUUCUGUAGACCUUUAUUCUGGAACAUAAUAAGCUCACUCAUCUGUGCCACAUUCACAAUAGGCUAAAUAAUUUUUUUUGUCCAUUAUUUCGUCUGGAGAUGAGGAUGCAGAUGGACUUGCAGGUUGCAGGGAGAGGAAGGAUGAAUCCUGACUCGGAUUGGACUAAUCCAAUCCAAUCCACUUUAUUUAUAUAGCACGAUUUCACAGGGUUUCCAAAGUGCUGCACAAUACGAUAGAACACAAUGAAUAACAAUAUAGAAACACAACAAAACAUCAAGUAGAUAACUGGGCAGCAGCUGAGGUGGAUGUUUGUUGUAUGGCACAAGGCAUGCUUUACAUGCAUUACCUUCAAAUGUAAUGCCAUUUUUGAUGUGGACCUCCAAAUGCUGCCAAACUCUGCCUGGUUUGCUUGGUUUAAAAAGGUGUUUGGGACACAGGGGGCAGCAUGUUGUGCAGUGUUCCACUGCAGGUAUUCCAUCUGAUGAAAUAACUGAAAGAUGCAUCCAAAAAAGCACAUACAAUUUAUCAUGUGUUUAUAGAAUAUGAAAAGAGCAGUGCAAAAGGUUCAAGACCUAGACAUGGGUUUGGGGUGAGUAAAAAAAAGUUAAAUUGUGCCAUGUAGUUCUGCCACAUUUUGAUUUCACUUGUGCACUUAAACAGGUAAUAUCACUAAUUACGUGUUGCAUCGUGUUGAUCACAUUCGUGAGUUCAGAAAGAUGUUGUUUUUUUUUCAACUUCGUGCAUUUGUUGGGCAUAGAGCUUACAAAAUUGUUUCAUGUUACAUAUAGACAAAUGCGAACAGUUACUUUACGUUAUGCACUAAAAAGUUCAGAAUCCUUAGGUGUUGAUGUAACCACCAUUGGUGAAAGUAAACUUUGAAGUCAUCUAACUUAACAAGUUCACUCCCCCUCUCCUGUUCGUAUGUAUGCUCUCUCGCUGGUCUCUCUCGAAUUUAAAGGGCAGGUGAAAAUGACCCUCUUAAAAUUUCCUCUCCACCUGACCUGACAGUGGAGGUGUGCAGCCAGAUGCCUCUCAAUCUUGGCAGAGUUCUUGGUACUGAUGGACACCUUGAUUGGCUCUCACAGGAUUGACAGUUAAUCUGUAAUCCCUCGGUCAUGACUACCAGGUGCUUUGUUGUGAGGCAACAGUUUAUAUCACUAUCAGCCUGAGCACAAGUUGAACAUAGUCUGGAGCGUGCUAGUGUGUGGAAUACUUUUGUAUAAAGUUUAAUUCAUUUAUAGGGAAAUAACACAUCAAAAGGAAAGUGAAGUACACCUAAUUUGUGUCCUUACAUAUUGUCACUAGAGGGCGCCGUGGAUUUUCCCUAAAUUUAAAUUCUGACCUUUGUCUUUUAUUGUUUCCUUCAGAGACUUCAAGAUGUUUUUUUUUCUUGCCUCGAGUGCCACCUAAUCUUUUUCACACAAGGCCUGGGUGCACGCUUUUUAUUUGCUCCUCUUGGCCUCACUUCAAAGGUGAGAGGCAAAGUUUUUGCAGGGGAUGCUGCUGUGAAUGGGCUGAUCCACUGAUCGCAGGUAUUGUGGCUGGAGGAGGGAGCAGAGAAGUUAACCAACUGCCCGGGACUGUUUUGUGUUUUUAAAAACCUUUUGUUUGAAUUGACUUACUGUGAACAUCAUUUGUGUCAGCACUAGUGGAAGUAUGAAGAGGGUGUGAGAGCCCUGCAGUUUGUUUUUUUCGUGAUUUCAUCCAUCAGCAGCAUCGUGUGCGUCGGUGCGCCUCUCUGGUCCACAGUCGUCUCCUCUCUGCCGGAACAUGUGGAUUAUUUUGGCGUUUAUUCUGGCAGCUGCUGGUCCUGGUGGAAGUUUGGGAUGUCAGCUGCCCCACGACUGGAGACCACAGACAGAGGCUUGCCGUGCCGAGCUGGCGCAGAUCAUAGUCUUUGCCAAGGUGUUGGCACUGCAUGAGGAGUCUUACAGUGUGUAUAACUACUUGCCAUGGCAGUAUGACACCGACCUGUUCUUCUCCGCCGAGAUUGAGCUGCUGUGUGACCAGGCGUGGGGCAGCAUGCUGGAGGUCCCCGCCGGCUCCAGGUUUAAUGUCACCGGCUUGGGCUAUUUCCCCUGCUUCUCCUACAGUGUCACAAAAAACAACAACUACUACUUCUUCCUGAGAAUGGAUGAGAACUACAAUAUUGUCCCUCAUGGAGUGAACUUCCAGGACCCCAUUUUCCCUGACACUACAGAGAUGCACCGUAUGUUUGCCAGCCUUUUCCAGUUUUCCAACUGCACGUCUGGCACUCAGCUACACCACUACACCCCGGAGUGGGAGGCUCAGGAGGAUAGCCGGUUGUUGUGCUCCGCGGUGCAGAAAGCUCUGUUCGAGGAGGAGGAAAGGGUCAGGACCCUCUCCCAGCAGGUGCGUUCCUUGGAGAAAGCCAACGACCACCUGAGGGAAAAGGUGAAGAACAUGAAACGUCAGUUACGUCAGGCCCAACGAGAAACAACUAAGGAGCAGCAGACCCUCAGCCUCAAACAGCUUUACGAGCCUCAAGCUCACCCUGACCAGGAUACUACCCAGGACCGGAAGAAAACGCCACUUAAAAAGGUUCUCUCCAAGAGGCUAAAAAAAUAGAUUUUUUUUUUUUUUAGUUGUAUGCAAACUAAAUUUUGCUCUCUAUGAAAAUUCUGUGGUUAUUUCUAAAGAAACAUAACACAUUUCAAGAAACUUCACAACCAAAUUUGGCCAUUUGGUAGCCAAAACACUGUUGUUGUUUUAGUUGGUAGUAAAAUUGUCCUGUGUCGAGACUGUCAGCUACAAAGAGACCAUUCAUGCCUAUUCACAUUCUCAUCUGCAUACUUUGUGUGUGUGUGUGUGUGCGGUGUGUGUAUUGGGAGAGGAGGGCUUACACUUGACCUAUUAUGUGUCCCCAGAUGAACUAAAGUGAAGGAUUAAGUGCCUCGGAGAUAAAGGAUUUAAAUGGGUUCACAGGAGUAAAAGAUCGUCAUCUAAAUCUUCUCCACUCUUAUUUCACCCCAUUAGUCCAAUACAAUCAUCAUCUGUUUGAAUAACUCUAGCUGUUUCUCGUGUUAACCUUGAACUUUUACCUUUGUCUUUUGUUUAAUUCAGUGGCAGCACAAAACAUUUUCCUAACAUUAGACAAAGCUCAUAGCUGGCAAAUGCACUGUUGAACAAUAUGUGGGCAAUGUUAAAGCAUUGAAAAUGUAAUAUCUUGCUUUUUUUCUGUGCUGGACACAUUAUGCAUUGUAUAAAUAUAAGUAACAUUGUUUAAUUCAGAAAUAGUCUCGUCAAAAUGCUUCAAAUCAACCUCUGUCUUUUGAGAGUCCACAUUUGGGCAAGGCCUUUCAGUGAGAACCAGAGUCUAUCAUUUAUAAUGGCCAGUUAUUAAUUGCAAUGAGUGUAAUAAAGUAUGAAACAUGUUGUGAGCAUUAAUUGUUUGUAUGGAAAUACAUACUGCUCUGACAGUGUAUAUUAGUGUAUAGUUACAGAGGAGCAGCUAAAGUUUAAAAGACCUAAUGUUACAUGACAUCAUAUUUUCUCUACCUUUACCUGUUUACAUGUUUGAUCUAUUUAUACCCAAGAAGCAAUCCCAAAGUGUACUAAUUCUUUAAAUUCAGUGAAUUGUUUCCCAGGAGUGCAUUUUUUGUAUUUGAAAACAGGGUGCUGAGCGCUCAUUAAGUCCAGCCAGUGAGCCUGGUGCGAUACAGGAUUGGCUUUUUCUGUGUCAGAAAUCAAAGUUUGCUUUUAUUAUACUUUCUGUAUUUGCUUUUCUUAUUAUUUUGCUUUCUAUAAACUAUAAACAUCUGGUUUGCUUUGCCAAUAGCAUAAUCAUUUGUGCUAGUUAUUGUUUUUUUUUUUAAAUAAAAAAAUAAC